AUGAUUGCAACCCAAUUGUUUAAUUCAUCAUUUGAGUUUCUUCAUUCAGUGCUUGGAUUGGUCCCCACUCCAAUACCAACAUUGUUACUUCAAUCGUUUGCCAGGUUGAUUAUAUUGAUUGGAAUUUGCUACGUCAUUCCUGAAUCACCAGCCAAUUACAACGUUUUCACAUUUGCUGGUUUGACUUUGGCAUGGUCCAUCACGGAAAUCAUCAGAUACGGGUUCUAUGUGCUUAAAUUGGGUAAGUUUUCCGUACCUUAUUGGGUGUUGUGGUUACGAUACUCGGCAUUCUUUGUAUUGUAUCCUUUGGGUCUUGUUUGUGAGAGUGCCACUGUUUACUACUCUUACGAAGUGAUUGCCACGAGGUUACCUAGCUACUCCAACUUUCUCAAGUAUGCUAUGCCGUUGUACAUCCCAGGGUUCUUGUACUUGUACAGCUACAUGAUCAAACAAAGGAGAAAAGUGUUGAAUAGAGAGAAACAAAAGUUGAUCUAG